AAUGAAGCAACGCAACUUUGUUGCCUCAGAUCCAGAGCGUGAGGAGGAGGACCGGGAAUACACUCAUGUUCCCCGAGCUCUAGAAAAAACACCUCCACCUCCUUCGGUGUUAAAACGCCACAAUUAAACCGGCGGGGCGGACAAAAGAAGCUUUUGGUAAUUUUUACGCGCCAGUCGUGCAGAAAGCAAUCACGGAAUCCAACGGGACUAACCGAUUCAGUCAAUACUUCGCUACUGUUAUGAGGCGAGAAUGAGUAGCGCAGACGACAGCGGGAGCAAGUGCUCGUCCGGCCCCGUCUCCAGCUUCACCAUCCAGUCCAUUUUGGGCACGGCGUCCGAUGAGCCGCGCUCCGGAGCCAAGGAGCUGUCCAAGGGGCCGUCGCCGCCGAGGAGGCGCUCGCUGUCGGUGUCCUCCGAGGAGGAGUGCAGCGGAGGGGAGGACUCAGCGGACUGCUUCUGCUCCGACACGGGUCAAAGCGAGCCAUGCAUGCAGCACCAAGCCCACAACUUCUCCUGCUUAGGUGCGGCGGCUAAAGGUCUUCUCUCCGGGAGCGACGGACUCGCACGGCGGCCGCACCUGUCCCAGCCUCUGCUGCAGGAUUACAAGAAGGAGCAGGACAGACCGUGCCAUCAGAUGUCCCCUCUAUCGGAGGAGAGGCAGGCGGACGGCGCGGACAAGCACGGCAACUCGGCCAAGAAGAAGACGCGCACCGUGUUCUCCCGGAGCCAGGUGUACCAGCUGGAGUCCACCUUCGACAUGAAGCGCUACCUGAGCAGCUCGGAGCGGGCCUGCUUGGCGUCCAGCCUGCAGCUGACGGAGACUCAGGUCAAGACGUGGUUUCAGAACCGGAGAAACAAGUGGAAACGGCAGCUCUCCGCCGAGCUGGAGGCGGCCAACAUGGCCCACGCCUCCGCACAGACAUUAGUGGGGAUGCCGCUGGUUUUCAGAGAUAACAACCUCCUGCGCGUCCCCGUCCCUCGGUCCAUCGCCUUCCCGACGCCCCUGUAUUACCCGGGGAGCAACCUGCCAGCGUUACCUUUAUACAACCUGUACAACAAAAUAGAAUACUGAUAGACUGUUCUCUAUGUUUACCACUGCAGUCCACUUGAAAAAAAGAGACGCAUUUCAAACAAUCCAAACUUUAUAUACGUGUCUCCAUAACUCCAUGUAUAUUACUUGUAUCACUUUAUUUGUUGGGGGAAAAAAAUCUGUACUUUACAAGAGAAAGCAACCGAGCUUCCCCCGUACAUAUAAAAUACACCAUGUGUAUUGCUUAUAACGAUAGCAAGAAAUUUGUACCGUUUUUAUUUUUUAUUAUCUUUCACUGUUACAAUAUUGGAUUUGGGACUUCAAACAAAACCUGGAUGAAUGGAUUUGAAAGAAGCUGCUUUUACACUUUUAUUUAUAACUGAUGAUUUUAUUCACCUAAGGACAAGAAAAGACAAUUCUUCCAUAUGAGGAAAUAUA